AUGUAUCAUCAGAAAGAUGAAUUCGACGGUGGUGAUGGACGAGACCUUGUUGGUUUGAAAGCUUUCCUCUCUCUUUCUUUCCACUCACCUACUUCUCCAGUAAAGGAUCAUAAAGUUCUCUCUGCGCCGUCUAUUGUCAAAUUACCAAACUGUUACGUGCCACAAGUAUCGAUUCCAACGGUAUCGUUGGAAUCUGUAACCGAAGAUUUUGGCGACUGCAGUUUGACAUCCGAUUCCUCGGAUUCUCCGGAACCAGAGAAGGAUGGAGAUACUGAUGAGAGUAAAGUAUAUAUUAGAGCCAAUUUGAUUCCACGAGUAUCUGUUACCGAAGAUUUCGGGGAUGGCGGGUUGACGUCUGAUUUGUCAGGACCAGGGGGACUAGAGAAGGAUGGCAAUAAUGAUGAUGAAAGUAAAGUAAACAUUAGAGGCAGUUCAAUUCCACGUCCUCGUGCUGUCAUUUCAAGUCCUGAGAAUGACCUAUUGAUUGGAAACCGAAACAAGAUUGGAAAUGGAAAACUAUCUGCUCCAAAGAAUAGUACUGUUUCACCAAAUAGACAUUCUCUUGCUCAAUGUAAAGUGAAAUCACAUGACACUACUAAUAUUGAUUCAGACGCAAGAAAAUGCGGAGAGCCUAAGUCUAAAGAUAAAACUGAUUCUGUAGGAAAGAAAAAGGUCCAUAAAGGUAUCACAAAAUCUGAUAAUUUACAUAGGCCCUGGAGAUUUUAG